CAACAAAUACACAUAUAUAUUUUUUUCACCAACUCUCUCGCUCUCGAAUUCGAGAUGCCAAUCCCAGAGAAAUCUUCAGGUAAUCAUAAGAAUAAUAGUAAGAGGCUAGUUGUUAAGAAGCUUUUCGCUAGACAGCAACACGAAGGCUUUGGUGCUGUUGUAAGAAGAAGCAUCGGAAGGUUUGAGUUUAGGUACUUCGACCCAUUUCUUGUUUUGGAUGAAUUCUCAGUUUCAGCUCCUUCAGGUUUCCCAGAUCAUCCACACAGAGGUUUUGAGACAGUCACUUACAUGUUAGAGGGAGAGAUUUUGCAUGAAGACUGUGAAGGACACAAAGGAGUAAUAAGAGAAGGAGGGUUACAAUGGAUGACUGCAGGAAAAGGCAUUGUUCAUUCUGAAAUGCCUUCUUCUAAUCCCAAUGGCAUAAUUACUCACAACAAGGGUUUGCAACUUUGGAUCAAUCUCUCCUCAAAACAUAAAUUAGUGGAGCCGAGUUAUCAAGAGAUAGAGAGUCAAGAUAUAGCAGAAACAGAGAAAGAUGGUGUGAGAGUUAGAGUCAUAGCAGGAGAAUGGAAUGGAGUUAAGUCAAAAAUUUGCACAAGAACACCAACAAUGUAUCUAGACUUCACUCUCUCGCCGGGUUCUCGAAUCUCUCAGCCCAUUCCACUUCAUUGGAACGCGUUUGUCUAUAUUCUUCAAGGCCAGGGCCAUUUUGGGGAUGCCAAGUUACAACACUCAGCCGCUGCUGCCCACCACUUGCUGGUUCUAGGCCUAGGUGGUGACCGUGUAGAGGCUUGGAACGGUUCUGAUACCGGUUUGCCACUUCGGUUUAUCCUUGUGGCUGGUGAGCCUAUUGGUGAACCAAUGGUUCAGUUUGGUCCUUUUGUUAUGAACACACAAGAAGAGAUUGAUCGGACCAUUGAUGAUUUUGAGAAUUUUACAAAUGGGUUUGAAAACGCUAGACAUUGGAAGUCUCAAGCUGCUUCUGCCUUGGGAUUGUUUUGAGAUCUUUUUGCCUCUAUUUAUAUUUCAUAUCCAAUUUUUUUUUUUAAUUAGUUGCCUUGGGAUUGUUUUGAGAUCUUUUUGCCUCUAUAGACUUAAGAGAAGCCUACUGAUCCAGAUCAAAGCCAAGUGAAUACCUCAAGGGAAGAAGAUUGUCAGAAUCCCCAAGGUCAACUCGAUCAAGUAUUGAGUCUACUGAACGGGGUACUGAUUUCUCAUAAUGGUCUACAACUUCAUAUGGAAGUAACCAACUUGAACAAAUACAACUUCAUAUGGAAGAGAAAUUCAAAAAAAUCUCGAGAAUCAUAUUGCCAUGGUUGAUAGUAAAGUUACCCCUAGAGAAUCAUAUUGCCAUGGUUGAUAGUAAAGUUAUCCUUGGUUUUGCUGUUGUAACUGAAGGUCAAAAGGUUGAGAAAUCGAGGACACAAUGCAAGGUUUUAUAAAAUUGUCAGUAAACUUAUAUGUUA